AGUUUUGCUUUCACAUCUGCUGCUUCUCAGCUGCUGACAUUGUGGGCUCUGGGAGGAAGCUGUGGAGAAGCGAGCACCAUCCUGCUGAUGCGCCUUCACCCGGCGCACUGUGCAUGUAUCCUAUCAAAAAGUGUUGAAUCUGGAUAAAAUCCCUCGUUCUUGUCUUUUACAAAUCUUGAGUCAAGUUGGGAAUGUGUCCACCAGUUCAUCUCUAUGCCUGGGAUUACCAUUUUCUGACCUGAAAUGGCAGACAUGGAAGAGUCCAUUGAAGAUGCUCUGCUUUUUGCUCUGGAUGAUCUCCGGGAGGAGAACUUCAAGAGGUUCAAGUACAAACUAGGCUUCCUCAAGUGGGAAGGGAAGGCUCACAUCCCCCAGGGCAAGCUGGAGGACGCGAACACCAUGGACACGGUGCAGCUCCUGCUGGAGGCCUAUGGGAUGGAGGGGGCCCGGGAGGUGGCGAUCCACGUCCUCAAGGAGAUCAACCUGCGAGAUUCUGCCACCCGACUCCAGACAUGGAAAUAUAACGAUUGCAAGAAGAAUUACAAAAGGCACCUCCGCGAAACAUUCUGGCCCAUUCUUGAACUAGGCUCCAACCACGGCUCAACAGUGGGUCUCCCCCAAAGAUACACAGAGCUGCUCCUCGUCAGGAACCCCCAACGUCCAGAGACAGCUCAUGAGCUCCUGGGGGCAGAAAAGAAGCACAGGAAGAUGGAGGUCGAUCAAGAAGGAGGCUGCCAAAAAUUGGGCCUGGAGGAUUUAUUUGAUUCAGCUGCCGAGAAGAAAAGCUCCAGAACGGUCAUUCUCGUUGGACCAGCUGGGGUGGGGAAAACGACCGCCAUGCGGAAGCUGAUGUUGGACUGGGCGUCUGGCCAGUUCUGGCAGGCAAAGUUUGAAUAUGCCUUCUACCUGUCUUGCAGGGCACUGAAUGUUGGCAGCACCAAGGCCAUGAGUCUGGUGGAUCUGAUGCUCAGCGGCUGCCCUCCUGGAACUCUCCUGGCCGAGGACAUCUUGAUGAACCAAGACAGCCUCCUCCUCAUCCUUGAUGGCUUUGAUGAACUCAAACACCAGGAUCUUCCGAGCGGUACGCAGAGCGCGAGCAACCCACACGAAAAGCAGGCCGCCGCUAGCUUGGUGACCGGCCUGCUUCGGAAAAAACUCCUCGCUCCGUGCCACCUCAUUGUGACGACAAGACCUGUGGCCUUGGGUUCCCUCCUGCCCUGUCUCAGAUCACCCCAGUUUGUAGAGGUGCUGGGAUUUCAACCCGCCCAGAGGGAAGAAUAUUUCCACCGCUUCUUUCAGAACAAGGAGGAAGCCACCCGAGCCUUUGAACUUGUAAGGAUAAAUGAGACUCUUUUCAGGGUGUGCUUCCUCCCUGUUGUGUGCUGGGUUAUCUGCUCCGUCCUCAGUGGGGGGCUCCAAAAACAGCCCCUUAAAGAUAUUCCAGAGAUGGCAACAUUCACCGACGUCUACUUGGGGCUCCUGGAUUUCUUGGGGUGUCCUUCCAGGCUGAGUGAUCUGAAAGGACUGUGUGGCUUAGCCAAGGAUGGGGUGCUACGUCAGACAAUGGUCUACAAUGAAGAAGAACUGAAAGCACAUGGCUUGGAGCCCUUUUCUGCAAGUAGAAGGCUUCUCCCUCAAGAUGUCCACCUGCCAGGGAUUUGCCAGUUCAUCCACCUGGGUUUCCAGGAAUUCUUUGCUGCCUUGUCCUACCUUCUAGACUCAGACAGGGAAGCAGGAACAUCGUCCAAAGAUUUGAAAGAGGUGUUUGGAACUAAGAAGGCACACAGCUGCAAUGAUAGGAUGCUGGUGCGUUUCCUUUUUGGCCUCUCCAAUACCAAGAGGCAGAGCAUCCUGCAGAAAACAUGGGGCUAUCCGCUCACAUCCAGGAUAAGACUCUGCCAGGAGUUUUUGAGCUGGGUGGAGCAGGAGGCCAGGUGUCAGGCUUUCCGGAGCGGGGAGCCGCUGCUGGAAUUGUGCCACUGCCUGUAUGAGAUGCACGACUCCCAGUUUGCCCAGAGCGUAAUGGGACACAUUUACAACAUAGACCUUAGAGACCACCUCUUGACCAAACUCGAUCUCGCAGCUCUUUCCUUCGGCCUCUCGGCUUCCGACUCUCUCCGUUCACUUCGGCUCUCCAGCUGCAAGUUGGGGCUGAAAGAGCUUGAGCAGCUCUCACCAGGAUUGCUGAAGUCUUCCGAGAUCCAGCUUCACCUCUGCAGCCUGACAGCGGCUGCCUGCAAGGAUCUGGCCUCUGUCCUGGAAACGAGCGACAGCCUGCAGGAUCUGGGCCUGGGAGACAACCGCCUGGGGGACGAAGGGGUUCGGCAGCUGUGCGCGGCGCUGAGGAAGCCUCACUGCAAACUCCAGAAGUUCUCAGUGUCAAUGAGAGGUCUAAACCAAAACACCAGGAGAAAACUGGAGUCCGUCCUUACUAAACAUCCCCAGAUGUCCCUGAUCUCCUAUUAUCCACCAGACUUCCCAGCCUUUCCAAGCCAUGAGAAAUACAUGAAGGUCAACAUGUUCUUAAUUACCACUGAGAUGCCUGAAACAUGAAGAGAUGGCUCUCAGAAGCGAAACUGAUACCCGUCCACGCCACCCGGAAGAAGGUCCAAAAUAGCUUUUAUAUUUUGUUAUCUGCCCUGAUGCAACUUACGUUUGAAACUGUGGGUUUUCCCUUGAAUCUUCUGGGGUCCAGAGGCAGGCAGGUGAACUUUUUGAUUUCUGUCUUGUUUUGCUGCCUCUUUUUAUUUCGAGAAAAAUAAAUAAAAUGUCUUUAGGGUCUUCCCUAAGUAAAAAAUGGCCCAUGGAACCAGAUGAACAAGGAAAACAAUUUCCACCCUAUCUGUUAGUUUCAAUGUUCCACCAACAGACACAGCGUGAGGACAAUGUGGCUUGUUUUGGCAAGCCAUUUCCGCUUUAGCAAUUCUACCAGAGAAUAAACCAUCCCGGCUGGAUAAACUCC